GACAAAACCUACAGCGGCUACUGGUCGCUGUGUGCCGCCGUCAACAGGGCCCUGGACGACGACUUUAAGGAUUGCCAGUAGUCAGCUGUACAUGACUUGGGUUAUUUCACAUGUAUUCUUGAGUUGCAUAUUUCCAUGGCAAACGAAAAAAUGAGGCAUAAAGCGAGAAACCUCUGGACUAAUCAAAUAUCAGAGUGUCUAAAGUAAGUCUGAAACCCAUUAUGGCCCUCAAACCAAUAUUUUAAAAUCAGUAUUUUAAAGUCUCAUAUUUAAACCCACUACUUUAGCACUCACGCUUCUUGCUGUUUUCAGAAAAAACCCCAAACUGUUAGUAGGCAUAGAUGAAAGUUUUAAUUAAUUUUCUGUAUAGUUAUUUAGUAAAUUAAGGGGGUAUUAGCAUUAAGACAUUUUUUGUGAAUGCACAGCAUGAUUAGUUUCCAUGGGAAAACAGGCCUAUGCUGACUAAACUAGUUGCAUACUGACUAUAUUUGCCACUGUGCUAUGUAAACGUCACACUUAAAAUAUGAAAACCAAGCAGUUGGAGAAAAUACAAAAAGUAACAAUAGUUCUAUGGUUGUAUGUUGGAAAUGUGCUGUAGAAGAAAACAUUGUGUGCAUUCACAAAUUUAGUUGUGAGCAUCUGUGUGGAUGCAGUUGUUGCUGAAAGCAAAGGUGGGUUUAAGAGUUGAUGGACUUCUUAGAUCUUGCUAUAGAAGUGCUUUCCUUUAGCAGACCACUGCACUAGGUCUUUGUGUUAUGUUAUGUGAUAGCCUAAAUAUCUUAUUUUCACUUUUCUGAAGGAAUACCUAUCACCAGUGCAUCCUAUUUUGCCACCAUGACGCUUGACCAAGUUAGGCACGUAUUUCGCUCUGACACAGAAGUUCCUUUGCCUUUGAUUGAAGAAAGACACCGGGUGCUGAACGAAAGUGGAAUCGUUCUGUUAGAGAAGUUUGGAGGGUCUUUCCUCACCUGUGUUAAAAUGAGUGAGAAAAGUGCUCAGAAACUGCUACAUCUCAUACUGGAAAAUUUUCCUUCUUACAGAGAUGAAGCUGUAUUUGAGAAAAAGAAGGUGUCUUUCUACAAACGGGCACAAAUACUUGUGGCUGACACAUGGAGUGUUUUAGAAGGCAAAGGAGAUGGUUCUUUUGAUGAUAUUUCCAGUCUGACGAUAUUUGCUGACUACAGAAUUCCACAAGUUCUUGUUCACUUAAAAGCAAUGAAGUAUUCUGAAAAAUUAAUGAAGAAACUACGCGAAGGAACACUUUUCCAAUCUGGAGACAAAGAAGAGGUAGAGAUCCGUGGCUGUUCUAUUUGGUGUUGUGCAUUGAUUUGUAAGCACCUUCAGGAGGUCUAUCAGAAGAAGGGUCAGGAUAUGCAUGAGAAGAUCAAUGCAGUUUUGCUCGAUUAUUAUCUUUGGGAUUAUGCCAGGGAUCACAGGGCAGAGAUGAAAGACAUCCCAUUCCAUCGAGUACGGUGUAUAUAUUACUAAAGUCCACUCUGAUAGCUCUUGUAUUCUAACUUAUCUUUUGAACUGCUGUUUUGCUUUUUAUAUGGUCAUUUGUCAUGCACUAAUCUGUUAAAUUCUUGUUUUCUAGUGAUGUAGUAACAAUGUGCCUUUUUUCUCUAUGCAUUGUUUUAUUAAAUUUCUUUUAAUCUUUUGCUUGCCCUGACUGAAAUUACCAGUGUAAACUUUGCAGGUAACCCAUGUCAAGGUGGGGUUUAUUACUCCUUCUUUGACCUUUGUAUCGGUGUACGUGGCUACCUGUGCGCACAGCCAGAUGUGUGUGCAGAUCCUGUGGUGUACCUUGCACCUUGGCCUCUCCCUGUUCCUGCCUGUCCCCUCUCAUACCUGCACAGAGGUGGCAGGUGCUUGGCAGAUGCUUUUCUGCUCAGACCUGGACGUGUAAUCCGUCCAGUCAUUCAAUAAAUGGUGAGGUGACAGACGUGC